UAUCACCUGAUCGUGCGGAACCUGCUGCUUCCACCACUUUUGCGAUCAUGUGUGGAACCGAAAGGGCUGGUUCUGGAGACCAAUAUAAGAUUCCUGUCACCGCACAUGCUCCAUGGCCCGGAAGAAAUCCGAGAUAUUCUAGAAACCUGCCUAACACUGGUUGAGAUGCUUGACUCCGAACGACAGCCGACAGGCCAGAACGUUUCACACAUGUGUUUAUUAUCAUCCAAG